GAAGGAAUCUCCCUCCCUUCUCCAUCACCCGUUGGGUGUAGUUGCCCAGCAGUGCAGCACCCCAAGCUGGUGCUGCUGAUCCAUCCGAGCUGCACACUGCCAUCAUCUCCAGAGCUCCUUUGGAAACAGGAGUUCAUCUGCAAGGGUGAAGCUGACGUUGUAGAGGUGUACUACAUCUGCUCCCUGACUGGUGACCGGAAGGACUCACUAACCCCAAGUGCCCACACCAUUGCCGGUGUUCAAGAUGUCAUUGAAGGUGCAGACAAGUAACAUCACAAACAAGAAUGACCCCAAGUCCAUCAACUCCAGAGUCUUCAUUGGCAAUCUCAACACAGCUGUGGUCAAGAAGUCAGAUGUGGAGACCAUUUUCUCCAAGUACGGCCGAGUGGUGGGCUGCUCCGUUCACAAGGGCUAUGCCUUCGUACAGUACUCCAAUGAGAGGCACGCACGUGCUGCUGUCCUGGGUGAGAAUGGGCGCGUGCUUGCCGGCCAGACCCUGGAUAUCAACAUGGCUGGGGAACCUAAACCUAACAGACCUAAAGGGCUGAAGAGAGCAGCCUCCGCGUUGUACAGCGGGCGCUCGCGAGUCCUGAACAACCCCUGGGGGCUCCCCCAAGCCUUGCGCUCAGCCUCCGACAGCCAGCUGGAGCUGCCUUGCCGGCCCCAGCGGCCGCGCGUGGAGUUUGGGUGGGUGUACGAUAGUGAGUGCCUUUCUUUCCUUCUUUCGUUUCCAGUGAAAUGCAGUGAGCUGCAAACAAUCAAAACCGAACUAACACAGAUCAAAUCCAACAUUGAUGCUCUUCUGGGUAGAUUGGAGCAGAUUGCUGAAGAACAGAAAUUGUCCACAGAGGUACGGAAGAAGGCCGAUGGAAGCAAAAGUGAGAUCUCCCAGGAAGACACAGCAUCAGAGGCAGAGAUCAACACAGAGGAGCCGCUGAAUGGGGAUGAGGGUGAGGAAGAGGGUCUCACACGGGAUGAGUGUGAAGAUGAACUGGAGAACAGCCAUUACACAGAUGUGGAGGAUGCCAGACUACAGUAACCAGCCCAUUGAGAACAGCAGUGAGCUACAGUGUAUGGAAAGCACGAGGCUGAACCCUGUCCUGGCACGUUGAGCAAGAUAAGCUAAACUGAAGGGCUGUGACAUCUCUACUUGGCAUUCAAAAGGAGAAAUAUGGCCCAACAUUUUCCACCCAUCUGUAAAGCAAAGACAAAGACAAGUAAUCAUCCCAGCGGCUCCCCACUACCCCAUCCAAUGGAUUCAGAGCUCUGUUGCCAGCACAGGCAGCACCCAAACCCUGCACAGUCCAUAACCUUCACUGACUGGAGAUGGGAGAGCAGUUGCGUUGCCAAUUGAAUCAGAGAUGCUAUAGAGCAUUUUGUAGGAAAGGAGAGUCAACUAAUUAUAACCCAAUAAAGAGUUUUUUCCCAUGCUAGGGGAGGGCCAGAGCGUUUGCUAACUGGAGGAAAAGUCUGGACAAUUUGUGGUCUUACACAAAAGAUUAUGCCAAGUAAGAGGGUGUGGGGUGCGCUCCCUUCCCAGAACAGUCACCUCGAUUCAUGUCUCUCGUCCCAUGAGCUAUCGCGGGUACAUGGUCACUUCCAGGUGGAAAGGAGUCUGUGCUGGUUUAUUGCUACGCUCUUUGCAACUGCUGGAAGAGAGGGGAUGGGAAAAGGACACUGCCUGCAGGAAAGCAAGUGAACCCAAGCAGGAGAAACAAAGCACGUGUCAUCUGCAGUUGUUUGCUCUCCUCGCGCUCUAUUGGGAAACCACUACGUAAAGGCUAAGCAAGCCUUUGCAGAGGGAGAGGGUGCAGGCAUGUGUGAACCGGGUGGAGGAGACCCCUUUCUUGGACCAGCAGCUCCUGAAAGGGAGGCGAUCCCCCACUCCCUCUCCAGCACAGUGCCAGAUAAAUCAGGCCCUUCCCCCAGUUGUUCACAUCUCCUCUCGCUCCAGCCUCACUGGUUCUUCACGCUCACCUGGGGCUCCAGGAGAGGGGUGAGGCAGCUCCUACUCCUAACUGCGAAGGUUGUGCUCCAGCAUCGGUUUGUGGAUCUGAGCAAUGUGACGACUUGCCUGAGCAUAACAAGACUGGUAACCACGAAUGCUCUGAGCACGAUGCAUGUGGGCAUUCAAGCACCUGCCCUUCAUCCCCAAAUUCAAACUGCUUUUGACCUAUUCUAAGCCCUGAAAUCAGAGGGUUGCAGCAGCCAGCAUGUGGCUUGUCUUGGGGACCCUUUUAUACCCCAACAUCCAUCUCUGCCUUUCCCUUCUUGUUCUUUCGUCUUUCAUGGGUUUACCCAAUUUUUCUGAGUUCAGAGGAUGAUGGGACUGAGACUCAUGCAGCACUUUAUUCACAUCAGAUGUGUCCUGCCCAUCUCCCUUCCGGCCCCCACCUCCCCUCCAGAACACACACACACACACAUCGGUGCUUUGAAUCCAGAAUGCUGUCCACACCUUCUCCUCCAUCAAACUCUCCCACAAACAGAGCAGAUGGCUCCCCUCCCUGAGUCUGUAGAGGGCUGUGAAAGGGGACUUCUGCUUUCUACUACAGUGCUCAAAGCCUCAGACCUCUUCUACAGCACCUCUCUUUGAAGGGCGGAGAGUAAAACAGGUCAUGGGGGGAAAUGCUUCCCUGCCCACAGGGCCAACCAGGAGCAAGCGUGGCUCUUGAAGCACAAUGUUGUAUUUGCAUUUCUUAAUUUAAAAUAAUUCAUGAGGGAUUAAAGGGAUAACCGUGCUUUCCCCUACCUUUUUCCGGUUCCUGUACAAUUUAUCCAUUGUGUUGUACUGAGCCGUUGUAGAGCUGUUUUCUAGGCUUUGAGAGAUGAGCUGCAGUUUUUGCUAUGAACUGACUGUGAUGCUGAUGUUUGGGAGAAAGGUGACCUUGUACAUACAAUCCUGUAUAAUAAAAGAA